AUGGGUGACCGAUAUCGUUAUCCUGCGGCUGGCCGGCCUGCCACAUUCAACAACCCGGCGCGGAUCUCUCUUCCCUCUGGCGUGGGUGGAUAUGGAGCCUUAUAUGCCAACGAUGCAGAUUACGUCGCUUCGCCUACGAGAUACGCUUCUGCCGCCACCCCCAGAGGCUACACAACAGCUGCAGCUCCCGCAGGCGCUGUCGUGCCGCCUCCACGAUCAUAUUCCACGGUCAACCCAGAGCCGCGCGCACCCAGGCCGGCCCCUCGAGAACCAAGCCGCACCCGGCGCUCGAAUACUGUCGAUGCGUCUGCCAGACCACCCAUCAUCGUCACGACUAUGCAAGAUCACCGCCCGCACACUUCUUCUGCGCUCACUACCGACGCUCUCGCUCACACAGGAAGCCCCGUCCGAGAUGCCUACCGAGCAAGCGAAGGGAGACUCUACUCCCAGCCAGCGUCGUCCAUAAGAUCCAGGAGCACCGCCCGUCCAUACCAUACCUCCACAAAUAGCGACGACUUUGGUCGUUCUCGAGAGCAAGGCGAAAUUGUGUUGGCCAGCCGGGACGCUGAUGCCUACCGCAGCUCCCGACCUCAUGUUGUGUAUCCAAGCAACUCUCGGCACAGCAAUGCCGCUAUAGACUACGGGGACGAGGGAUAUCAGUACACAAACGCCGGCGAGCUGGUUCGAUAUGAUUUGGACCAUGGCGUUGCCCCCGCUCCCAGCCGUUCACGCAGGCACGAAAGCUUUGAUAGAGGGUAUUCUCGGCCCAACAUCAACUAUAACGCGGAUCAGCGAAGCUUCAACGUCAACACGACAAUGGAUCCAAGUCGCACAAGCCGGCCGUAUGACAGCCGAGGCGGGCCUCCACCUUCAGUUCGUGGAUUUGACAAGAUCAACCGAGCAUAUGACAUUCCACCGCUUGCCCCAGCUCCUCCCAACUCCAGCUCGUCUGGGCAGCUGGAUAUGGCUGGGGGAUCCUCUGAUCGACGUACUGUCGGACGCCCGCGGCCUGUUUCACUCGUUCAAGAACCAGGAUCACGUGCUUCCCAUCCCGAAGACUAUUAUAGAGGUUAUGAGGAUGACGACUAUGACCCCCGGCGUUUCUACGAUGACAGUGUCACUGCUCGAGGCUUUGGUCUCCGGACAGCCCAGACAGACGACCUUAAAGACCACCACGGCCGCUACUGGGAUCCAAGAGACGAUCAAGGAAGGGAUGACUCGGCCAGAAGAGAUCAUUCUAGGAAGAGGAUAGAAGCUCCCAAGGAAGGACAGAGGUCUCACUCCGAUGAAGAGCGAGUAUCCGACCGGGAAAGGGAAGACUAUUACCGAAGCUACAAAGACAACCUCCGUGAGAGACUAGAUGGACGAAGGGAUAGUGAUCAAGAAGACAAUGACCGAUCUCGAGUCCGAGACAAGGUUGCCUCUGGCCUUGGAGCGGGAGCUGCCGCUACUGCUGCCGUAGCUGGCGGCAUCUCGUCGAGUAGCAAGAAGGACGAGAAGCCCGAGCCAAGUGAGUCGCGGAGACGCCGAGGCUCUGAUGAGGCUGAGGAGCGCGACCGUGAGCGCGAUCGUGAGCGGGAGAGGGAGAGAGAAAGAGAAAGAGACCGAGAGAGGGAGAGGGAGAGGGAGAGGGAGAGGGACCGGGACCGAGAGCGGGACCGAGAGCGAGAGCAAAAGCGCAAUGAAGACAAAGACCGUCCAGUCGCAAAGGCUGAUGCAAAGGCCGAUGCAGAGACUAAAGAUCGGAGCAGGCGAGACGCUGAAGCCAAGCUUAAUGGCGAAUCGGCAGCGAUUGUGUCUUCGGAUUCUGAUGAAGGAAAGAAGAAGUCGGCUCGCAAGCAUCGUCCCUCUCACAGCUUUAAUCCCAAUGACACUGGAGAUUUGCGCCAAAUCCGCGAGCAGCUUGCUGCUGUGAAGGUAUCUGAUAGUGAGAAGGAGAAGGCUGAAACCAAUGGUAAAGGCCGGUCAUCUCCUCCUGCGAAGGAUGAUCGACGCUCCGAGUCGCCUGCCGGGGAAGAAAAUCGCGGCCGUGACCUUGUUAUCGUCCGUCCCCCGGAGGAAAAGCAGGUCCGUGUUGUAUCACCGCCACAUGAGAAGAAAGAGGAUAAGCCUCUCAAGGGCAUCCUCAAGCAGCCAAGCGCAAAGUUCCCGGAGGAGCCCAAUCCUAUUCGUGAAGGCGUAGCACCGCACAAGGAGGAUAAAAAGCUGAAAGAGGUCCCUUCGGGUGCUCGAUGGACCAAGAUCAACCGCAAGAUUGUCAACCCAGAGGCUCUGGAAAUCGGCAAGGAGAGAUUUGAAAUCCGCGACGAUUUUGUUAUUGUGCUUCGAGUCUUGAGCAAAGAGGAGAUUCAGACUUAUGCUAAUGCCACGCAAGUCCUGAGAGAGCGGCGACGAAACAAGGACUAUACCGGCGAAUAUGAAGACAGCGACCGUGAUCGAAGCGACCGUGAUCGAGACAAUCAUGGUCGAGAGUACGAUCGUGAGUAUGAUGAAAAAGAAUAUGAUAGAGACUACGGUCGAGAUUAUGACCGCGAUUACGAGCGUGAGUAUGAAGACGAUAGAGGGCGGCGAGGAAGCCAUCGCCAUCGCCGUCAUCGAGAUGAUGCGGAUGGCGCAGACCCUCGUGAGCGUGAUCAUGACCACGAUCGUGAGCGUGAUCAUGACCACGAUCGUGAGCGUGAGAGACGGCGUCGACACAGGCGCGACGAUGACGAAGAAUACGACUCCAGGUCAAGAGACGCAGAGCACCACCAUCACCACAGGUCUCACCGAGAGGUGUAA